GCCUGGGCGCGGGGCGGGCGGUGGCGACCAGCCGGAGGAGAAAGAACAUGGCGGGCGCAGCGGGGCCCGGGACCGGCCCGGGGGCAGCGGGAGGAGAUGGAGACGAUUCGCUAUACCCGAUUGCGGUUUUAAUUGACGAGCUCCGCAACGAGGACGUGCAGCUCCGCCUCAACAGUAUUAAGAAGUUAUCAACAAUUGCUCUAGCACUUGGAGUAGAAAGGACGCGAACAGAACUGCUGCCAUUCCUUACAGAUACAAUUUACGAUGAAGAUGAGGUACUGUUAGCUCUUGCUGAGCAACUGGGAAAUUUCACUGGCCUGGUGGGAGGUCCUGACUUUGCCCACUGUUUGCUGCCUCCUUUGGAAAGUCUGGCGACUGUGGAAGAGACCGUGGUUCGAGACAAGGCUGUGGAGUCCCUGAGGCAGAUCUCCCAGGAGCAUACUCCCAUUGCUCUGGAAGCUCACUUUGUACCUCUGGUGAAGCGCCUGGCGAGUGGGGAUUGGUUCACUUCUCGCACAUCUGCGUGUGGUUUGUUCAGCGUUUGCUAUCCCAGGGCUUCAAAUGCUGUCAAAGCAGAAAUUAGACAGCACUUCCGUUCCUUGUGCUCAGAUGACACUCCAAUGGUACGACGUGCUGCCGCUUCCAAACUGGGCGAAUUUGCAAAAGUUUUGGAAUUAGACAGUGUGAAAAGUGAAAUUGUUCCACUGUUCACUAAUCUAGCUUCAGAUGAACAGGAUUCAGUGCGUCUCCUGGCUGUGGAAGCUUGUGUCAGCAUUGCCCAGUUACUGUCUCAGGAGGACCUUGAGGCUUUGGUGAUGCCUACACUUCGGCAAGCAGCAGAAGAUAAAUCUUGGAGGGUUCGCUACAUGGUAGCUGACAAGUUUUCAGAGCUCCAGAAAGCUGUGGGUCCUAAAAUCACCCUAAAUGACCUCAUCCCCGCCUUUCAGAACCUACUUAAAGACUGUGAAGCUGAAGUCCGAGCAGCUGCUGCCCACAAAGUAAAAGAACUUUGUGAGAACUUGCCCCCUGAAGGUAGAGAGACCAUAAUUAUGAAUCAAAUUCUGCCCUUUAUAAAGGAAUUAGUAUCUGAUACAAAUCAACACGUCAAAUCGGCUUUAGCUUCUGUGAUUAUGGGAUUAUCUACCAUUUUGGGCAAAGAGAAUACCAUUGAACACCUUCUACCUCUUUUUUUAGCUCAGUUAAAGGAUGAGUGUCCAGAAGUUCGUUUGAAUAUCAUCUCUAACUUGGACUGUGUAAAUGAAGUGAUUGGGAUCCGUCAGCUCUCUCAGUCUCUCCUUCCUGCCAUAGUGGAGCUGGCUGAAGAUGCCAAGUGGAGGGUCCGGCUGGCCAUCAUUGAGUACAUGCCGCUGCUGGCCGGCCAGCUGGGUGUGCAGUUCUUUGAUGAAAAGCUGAAUUCUUUAUGUAUGGCCUGGCUUGUGGACCAUGUGUAUGCCAUCCGUGAAGCUGCCACCAACAACCUCAUGAAACUCGUUAAGAAGUUUGGUACAGAGUGGGCCCAAAACACCAUCGUUCCCAAGGUGCUAGUAAUGGCAAGUGAUCCUAAUUACUUGCACAGAAUGACCACUUUAUUCUGCAUUAAUGCGCUCUCUGAAGCCUGCGGUCAGGAAAUCACCACUAAGCAGAUGCUGCCCAUCGUAUUGAAAAUGGCAGGAGACCAAGUAGCGAAUGUCCGUUUCAAUGUGGCGAAAUCCCUUCAGAAAAUUGGACCAAUUCUAGAUACUGAUGCCCUGCAGGAGGAAGUGAAGCCGGUACUGCAGAAGUUAGGUCAAGACGAGGACGUGGACGUCAAAUACUUCGCACAGGAAGCGCUAAGUGUGCUUGCGUUGGCAUAAUGAGGAACAGGAGGGAAAAGACUUUGCUAAAUUCUUAUCACAGAUUUCUAGUCAAUGUGUUCUUAAACUGGGUGGAGAAAAAGUGGAAAACCUUCAAGACCUCAUCCAAGCAGAUGGCAGCCGCUUACAAGAGAUCAAAUUUCAGUGACUUGAUUCUUUCUAAAGAUGAAAUGGGAUUGUUUUUUACUUGUCUUUUUUGGGAUAAUUAUAUUUAAAGCAUUCUUACUGUUUGUGACCAGUUCCCGACACUUGGUACAGUCAUGUCUUGAUUGUCUCCUGCUGAUUUAUCUGGCACCAGGUGGGCUCCUGCAUCUCACUGUUGAAUCAGGCCCUGGCCACUUACUAUUCCCAACCGAGCCUGGAUGGGUUUGGACCCAGACAGGGAGUGGAGUGAUUUUCUUGAUGUUUACAUAUAUCUGUGUGUGUCUCCAUCAUUCCAAAGUUAAAUGUACAUGGUUUAGAACCCUCUAUUUGGGAGACACAUGGAGAUGUAACUGUAUAGAAAGCCACAUUUUCCCGGAUAAUGAUGGUCUGCAUUGGCAUCUCUCAUGAAAGGGGAGUGUGGAAGCUCAGGGUUCAUGUAUUGGUGGUUUUGGUUUUUAUUUGCUUGAUUUUCACUGCAAUCAUGUCAUUCAGAAACCUGGAGUACAGAUGCAUCUCGCUGCUCACAUGUGGUGUUGAGCCCCACCUGAAUGCCAGUGGCUCAGCACCGUGGCUGCAUUCACAAACACUUGGCUCCCUCCCUCUGCCCCCCGAGAAACGAAAAAUGUUGUGCGACCCUAAUAAGCAGUCGUGUGACUGCUUCACUGUAAGAUUGCCAUUCCAUGUUUCUGGUGAGUGGAGAAACUGCUGGUGGAGUGUUGUGAGGAGUUCCUGCUCUUGACCCGGCUCUGCUUCCCGGCUCUGCUUCCCGCCUCUUGCUGUCGGGGCCCUCUUCGCACCGCUGCCUCGGGAUGGGGGGGAUGGGUGAUGCCGGGUGCGCCGCAUUUGUAGUGUUUGUGGUUCUACUUGUAUGGUAAAACCUCAGUAAUUCCUCCUGGAAUUUAAGAGAAGGAGUUAAGCUGGAGGGUUUGCUGAAGCCCAUUAAUAGUAUGUCAGGAAGCCUGUUGUAUCUGUACAACUGAAGUAAUUUUAAAAAGCUCUCUUUAAAAAGCACCCUUUUCCAGUUGACAUGCCCGUUACUGAUCAGUCUUCACUUUUAUUAAAAUACCUUCGAUGGGGAUCGUUGUAGGCCAUACCUGUUUUUGGAUGUAUUCAUUUCACUCUUUAUCUCUGAAAUAUAUAUGUAUGUAUUUCAUGGAGACUAUAAAUAUUUUUUCUUUUAGAUUUAUAUUUUUCACCUAAUCAAACUUGCCUUGUCCUAAGGAAUUUUAAUGAGGUUUUAUUGUAGCUUAUUUUUUGCUCCUUGUAUGUUGUGGUGUGGUUUCCUUGUUUCCAUUUUGGUUUUUGAAUUGGUUCUUUCAUUUGGUGAGCCCAGUGAGCCCUGUUCGGUGAAGUUCGGCAGACUGCUGUACACCUUUGUAUGUGAAAUCAUUACAUAAAACCAAGUUUGACCUGAUGCUUCCAGGUUUGUCUUACCUUAGAGAUAACAGAGCCUUUUAAAUCAGACAUUCUGCCUGCAUUUAAAACUACCAGCCUACCUUAUAGGAAAUGUCUAUUUUAUUACUUUUUGGGCCAAGGAUUAAAUGUAUUCCUAUGCAAAAAAACUUUCCUACAUUCUUGUUUUAAUAUCUUAAACUAUUCUGUAAACAUUUUAAUUUUAGUUUUGUGGUUCUUUUUGUUUCUUAUUAUCUCCAGGUUAUGUUCCCCUUCAGUGAAUUGCAUGUUUGAGAGAUUGAUGUCUUGAUUCUUGAAACAGACUUGCACAACUGUUGCUUAACUCUUUGGUUGGAAAUGCCAUGGGCUUUGGGAUGGACUUUUAAAUGUCUUUUGGACUUCAGAUGUAUUCCCUGGGGAGCCCUGAGUGUUGGCCUCUCCCUCUAAGACAGUGAUAAAGGGGAGACAGGAGCCCUGGCUUUCACAGGCAUGGGUCUGGGAGCUAAGCAGGCUCUGUAUUUCUGGGUGACCCCUUAGGGAGUUCAUCGACUCCUUCUGUUUUAAGCAAUAGGGAAUCCCUUUUGUUACUCAAGGGGAAUUGUUCUUUGGCUCAUGCCAGUCAUAUUAACCAUGGAUUGGUUUUCCCAUCUUGUUUUCACUGGCGUGUCCACUCCAGGAGCUCCAUAAGGGCAGGGAUUUUUGUCUGUUCUGUCUUCUACUGUAUUGCCAGCACCUAGAUCAGUGUCUGGUGUACAUAGUAGGUGCUCAAUAAAAAUCUGUUGAAUGAAUCUCUAAAA